AUGGUCCAGAGUGCACGAGCCCGGGUUGGGGGUGAGGGUGGAAAGGGGGCAGGGGUGAGCGAGGAGGGGGAGCAGAGACCUUUCCUCGGUCCGUUAUGUGUCCUGGCAGGUGUGGUUCCUCGCCUCGAUGGACCGGUCAACAACAGACAGGCUCCACAGCCUUCUGCCCGCUCUACAGCUCAGCCCUCAUCCACGCUCUUCCAUGGGUCGUCUGGAAACUUUACACAAGGAGACAAGAGAGCUGUCCCCUUCCCCCUGAGUCACCGCCUUACAAUGAAGGAGGUGUUUGACUGUGAAGGGAAGCCUCGCGUGGAUCUCCUGAAGGCUCACCUUACCAAGGAGGGCCGUGUGGAGGAGGCGGUGGCACUUCGAAUCAUAGAUGAGGGAGCAGCUAUCCUGCGACAGGAGAAAACUAUACUGGACAUCGAGGCACCAGUUACAGUGUGUGGAGACAUCCACGGACAGUUCUUUGAUCUUAUGAAGCUGUUUGAAGUGGGGGGGUCACCGGCGACAACACGGUACCUCUUCCUUGGAGACUAUGUUGACCGUGGAUACUUCAGUAUUGAGUGUGUGUUAUACCUUUGGUCGCUGAAAAUCCUCUAUCCAAAGACUCUAUAUUUACUGCGUGGAAAUCAUGAAUGUAGACAUUUGACAGAAUAUUUCACCUUCAAACAAGAAUGUAAAAUCAAGUACUCAGAGCAGGUGUACGACUCGUGCAUGGAUGCGUUCGACUGCCUUCCUCUGGCUGCGCUCAUGAACCAACAGUUUCUGUGUGUGCACGGUGGACUUUCUCCUGAAAUACACACACUAGACGACAUUAAGAAGUUGGAUCGAUUCAAAGAGCCCCCAGCUUUCGGGCCCAUGUGUGACCUGCUGUGGGCGGAUCCUCUGGAAGAUUUUGGCAACGAGAAAACGCAGGAAUACUUCAGUCACAACUCAGUGCGAGGCUGCUCCUACUUCUACAGUUAUCCAGCGGUGUGUGAGUUCCUACAGAGCAAUAACCUAUUAUCAAUUAUUCGAGCUCAUGAAGCACAAGAUGCAGGUUACCGGAUGUACCGUAAAAGUCAGACGACUGGAUUUCCGUCCCUCAUCACCAUCUUCUCUGCUCCAAACUACCUGGAUGUUUACAACAACAAAGCUGCUGUACUGAAGUAUGAAAACAACGUCAUGAACAUCCGACAAUUCAACUGCUCACCUCAUCCCUACUGGCUGCCCAACUUCAUGGAUGUCUUCACCUGGUCUCUGCCGUUUGUUGGAGAAAAAGUCACAGAGAUGCUCGUAAAUGUGCUGAGCAUUUGCUCUGAUGAUGAACUCAUGAAUGAUGAAGAUGAGAUCUUUGAUGCGAAUGCAGCUGCAGCUCGUAAAGAGGUGAUCAAAAACAAGAUCCGUGCCAUCGGGAAAAUGGCUAAAAUGUUCUCAGUUCUCAGAGAGGAGAGUGAGAAUGUGUUGACGCUGAAAGGCCUGACGCCCACUGGCAUGCUGCCGAGCGGAGUUCUCUCUGGAGGCAGACAGACGCUGCAGAGCGCCACGAUUGAAGCCAUUGAAGCCGUGGAGACGCAUGAUGAGGACGGAGAAGCGAUCCGCGGCUUCUCCCCCCAGCACAAGAUCAACAGUUUCGAGGAGGCUAAAGGCCUGGACCGCAUCAACGAGCGCAUGCCCCCGCGCAGGGACGGGGUGAACCACGUGGGUCACUCCAUGGGAAAGAUGAAUAUGUCGGAGGCAAACGGCACGGACGACAACAGCAACAUCCAGUGAUGUGCUGUCGGAGUCUGGGAACUGAGCCCAACUGUGUCGGCAAAUCUGGAAUUCAGGCCUCAGAGCAUAGAAAUCAAACAGACCCACUGAUAGAACAUGACGUCUUAAAACAGGCAUAAAGGUCUUUUUUUCCAUGACGGUGUCACUGCACAGGUGGGGGAGG